AUGACGAUACAUAUCCGCGAGUCCACUGCGGACGACCUCCCCGCCAUUGCUCGCAUUGCCUCGGCAGCGUUUCAUCCCGCAACCGAUGUCAUCGCAGCCCGGCUGUUCCCAGCCCAAUUGCAGGAACAGGAGACCAUAAGGGAUGAUGACGCCUACUCAUGGAGAUAUGCCAAGAAGACGGCAAGCCUGUCCUCCCCAAACUCAGUCAUGGUCGUAGCCAUUGAUGACUCUCUUCCCGUAAACGAUCAAGUGGUGGGCUUCGGCCUCUGGGACGUAUUCGAGCACAAGCCCAAGUCAGCGAUCAACACUCGCACACCAACGGAUUCCGAAAAGGCGGCCAAUCAACCUCGAACCGCCGUCCAAGAAGUGCCGCCACCCUCAUUCGACCAAGAGGCUGAACAAGAUCUUGAUUACCUCGGGGUGGACCCGCAGCACCAGCGGAAGGGCAUCGGGAGAAUGCUGCUUGACUGGGGGCUGAGCCGGGCUGCGAGCGAGAACAAGGACUGCUAUCUGAUGGCGACGCCGGCUGGGAGGCCGUUGUAUACGAAGAGGGGCUUUGAAGUGGUAAGGACGGUCCCGAUAUUCGGUGUAUUACACCACUCGAUGAUAUUCAGACACGGAAAAUGA